AUGGCUAGGAUGGGAAUGGGCGAAAAGUGGAUCCGGUGGAUAAAAUUUUGUAUUUCCACAGCUAAAUUUUAUGUUAUUGUGAAUGGUAGUUCUCAAAGUUUUUCGAGAGUUCGAAGGGAUAGGCAAGGUGACCCAUUGUCCCCUUUUUUGUUUGUCAUUGUCAUGGAAGCUCUUUCUAGGAUUAUGAUAUUCGCUGAAAAUAACGGACUUAUCCAUGGGGUUGAUUGUGGAUCGGGGAGAGCUCCGUUUUACAUUUCUCACUUGUUUGCUGAUGAUACGCUCUGUAUGAUUCAGGUUUUCCGUAGAAAUUUCAAACACCUUUGUGAUAUUUUGUGGUUAUUUGGGCUUGCUCGAGACUUAGCGUUAAUCUUGGCAAAUCUGAAGUUCUCUUCUCUAAUUCUAUGUCGGCUAGGAGAAGAUCUCGUUUGGCGGAUGCAUGGUGUGGGGGGUAACAGUUUUGUUGUUUUCUUCCUUGUGUUGGCAUCUAUUACUAUUUAUAGAGAUGCCACAAUCAAAGAUAUGUACGACACUUGCUCUCAAAGGUUUGCGCAUAGUAUCAGAUAUAGAAGGAAGUUAUCAUUGGAGAAAAGUUCUUUUAAUGAUAAAUUGUUAUCAUUAGUAGCCAACAAAGGUGUGUCUCCGUUGAACCAGGAUACGAUGCGAUGGAGAAAUUUGUACAAUUUUGAUGUGGGACAUUGUUAUUAUCUAUUUAAUAGAGUUGUUCCAACUGAGUUUUGUUGGGAGAAAUUAUGGGAGUCUAAGAUUCCCACUAAGAUUUAUUUUUUCGGGUGGAGUGCGAUCCACACUGAUAAUCUAACUGAUGAUAGAUAUAUGCGCAAGGGUCUUAUCUUAGUUAGUCAAUGUCGUAUGUGUCUUAAGGAUGUGGAGACGCCAUCAUCUCCUUUUAUAUUGUAA